UGUCAAAACCAGCUGAGAUUACAUCGUUGCUCCAUUGAAAUUUCGUGAGGGACAUGUCUUUGGGUUCAUUUGGAAAGAUUGGGAGUGAUUACAUUUGCGGGAGUGUCUGGAUUUAUUUUGUCGAAAAACUCUGUUGAUAAACGACGUUACCAGGACAUGCAAAUCCGUGAACGCAUGCGAAAGUCAAAUAUUGGUGAAUACGAACCUAUUGGUGAUAGGCGCUUCAGUGGUUAAAUACUUAAGAAAGUAAAUAGGACUCGUUUUGGAGCAAAUAUUUAUAAAUAAAAAAAUACGAACAUUUGGGCAAACUAUCACAUAAAGCGUGAACCCUAUAACUCGACAUUUUAUUCAAGCAACUAAUAAACUAACACCAAGCGUACACAAUGGCCAUGCCACAAAUAAGUCAAGCCGACCAGGCUAAAUUGCAGCUGAUGCAGGAUAUGGAAAUUGAAAUGAUGUCGGACUUAUAUAACCGCAUGACAAAUGCCUGCCAUAAAAAAUGCAUACCACCGCGCUACGGAGAAGCGGAAUUGGGUAAGGGCGAAAUGGUCUGCAUUGAUCGAUGUGUGGCCAAAUACCUGGAUAUUCAUGAAAAAAUUGGCAAAAAGCUAACCGCCAUGUCCAUACAAGAUGAGGAGCUAAUGAAAAAGAUGUCUGGUUAAUCAACAAAAAAUCCUCUUCAACUCAGGCUAUAUACCAAUUAAAAACACAAAUAAAUCAAUAUUUUUAAUUGAGCUAGUUUUAAGUUUGCUUACCUCACACACCAACUAUAUACCAUUACCGCUUACCACUUGUUAGCGUUUUCGUUAGAAUAGUUGUUGCUGGUGCUAGUUUUCUCGGAAAGUUUUGCAAAGUUUUGCUGUGCAAAGAUAAAAUAUGUGAAUGUAAAUGCAUUUAAUGUGAGUACUAACCAUGCUCCUUUAAAUAGUUCAAUAAAAGCUCUUGUUUUUUUUAAAUAAAAUA